AUGGAGGAACAACUUGUUCUCGUGGUUGUGGUUAGGCACAAUCCUAUACAAGGGGCUACUUACACAGUCCCCCUUUUUAUUCCUUCAUCUAGUGAGGAUAACUCCUCUGAUAGGCUUGAGUCCUCAAAUGUUGCCUUGGACCCCAAGGCGAAUGCUGGGCCUGGCCCUCAAGGGGAGGAGCCACCCACCUUAGUAGCCGAUUAUAGGGCGAUGCUCGUCACUGAGGAGGAGAAAAAUAGCGCGAAGGCCCUCGACGCCGAGAGUCCGGGAGAAGACAAGGGUGACUUGGACAGUGGCGAAGGCAAUGGUUCUGCCUCAUCCUUUGGCCCGCGCAAAGCCGCUACUCUAAUCCUUGAAGAUCUCCCAUCCGAAAUCCUAGAGGUGCAUCAUGAGCGGUUCAGGAUUCUAGAGGAUGUUCUGGAUCCCCAAAGGUUAGCAGUCGCCUCGGCUAAAGCUUGGAAGCGUAAGGUGACCAAGCUGGCAGCAAGGAGAGCCAAAGAGAAAGCCACCAAGAACAGGGACGACAGGGACAAAGGCCCUGGUGGCCCCGGCGCAAGCCUUGCUGAGGUGAAGAGGUCAGAAUCUACACCUCUCCAUUUGGGAAAGAGGCCAUCCGAGGAUGAAAAUGUGUCGAGAGAGAAAGACAUCACCAACCUCAGGAGCCUGGACAAAGGCAAGGGUCCGAUGGGAUCACCCCUUGCUCGUCGGGACAUGGGGGAUGAUCUUGUUCUCAGGGAGUCAUCCGAUCAACCGCUCAAUCAGUUUGCUAAUCCCAAUCAAGAGGGUCAAAAAAGAAGGAGGGAGGAAGAGGUUGCUCCAGAGAGGGAAAGCCAGCGCGGGGGGAUCCCUGGAGUUUCCCUUGGGCAUCGUCAACCAUUUUGGAAGGCCACUCCUCUGACCUGGAACCUUGUUAAUGAAGAGUCUUCUAUUUCUGAUAAGUUCGGACACGGCAGUGAACUUCUUUUUAAGGAAGAACCACUACUUAGAUCUGAGCGACUACGAGCACUUCCUUCCAUCGCCUGUGUCCUCCUUGCUAGAAGUAGCAUUAUGGUGGAGGAGGAAGGUGAGGAGACCCCUCCUCCUGCUGAGGAGACUCCUGCUAAGGCGAAUCCUCCUCUUGAUGUUGAGAAGACUCCUGCCAAGAAGACUCCUCCUCUUACUGCCGCAAAGACUGCUCCUCCUCCUGCUGCUCUCUGA